AUGCUCCUAUUAGGCCUUCGUUCCUGCCUGACGCACUGCAGGGCGCCAUCUCUGAGAUUCAUCCACACCGCUGACACCAAGAGCAGCACUCUAUGGAAACACAGCAUACAGAAAAGAUGGAAAAGUACAAUAUCAGACGUGGUUCCUCCCUCCAGAGUGGCUGUGCCAAAUGCCACUGCAAACCGAACAGUAGGCCGGUGGCUGCUUUUGUGUAGCGGCAUGGUAGGGGGCGCUGUGCUCCUAGGCGGAGUCACUAGAUUAACAGAGUCUGGACUGUCAAUGGUCGAUUGGCACCUCAUUAAAGAGAUGAAGCCACCUGCAAAUGACGAAGAGUGGGUGGCAGAGUUUGAAAAAUACCAGCAAUUUCCUGAGUUUAAAAUAUUAAACCGUGACAUGACGCUGAAUGAGUUCAAGUUCAUUUGGUUCAUGGAGUACUCCCACCGUAUGUGGGGGCGAGCGGUGGGCCUGGCGUACAUUCUGCCGGCUCUUUACUUUUGGAGGAAGGGAUGGUUCAGCCGUGCGAUGAAAGGACGGGUUCUCUUCUUGUGUGGAUUUGUCUGCUUCCAGGGUCUCCUGGGAUGGUACAUGGUGAAGAGUGGAUUGGAAGAGAAGCCAGACUCCUAUGAUGUUCCCCGCGUUAGUCAGUACCGGCUGGCCGCACAUUUAGGCUCCGCCUUGGUUUUGUAUUGUGCGAGUCUUUGGACGGGAUUGUCUCUGCUCUUCCCAAGACAAAAGGUAUAUCAAUGUAUUCUCUGUGCUGAGGGAGAAGAGAGGAAAUCUUCCCCCGCUGUGUUUCCCAUCAUGCCCUGGAACCCUGCAUACAUUAUAAAGGUGUUUCUUUCACUCUUCUCAGGGGCCUUUGUGGCUGGUUUGGAUGCUGGCCUUGUUUACAACUCCUUUCCAAAGAUGGCAGACCGCUGGAUUCCAGAUGACCUUCUGGCCUUCACCCAGCCUUCAAGAACAUCUUUGAGAAUCCAACAACUGUACAGUUCAAUCAUCGCAUCCUUGUGA